AUGGACUACAUCACGACCGGCGAUAUCCCUCGCCUGCGCUACCCUCACUACCAGUCGAGACUCAAGUCCCUCACCGACAUCGUUCAGAAAAUUUGUGAACUCAUAGUCAUCUCCAUCAGCUCCCUCUCCACGCCAUCGUCGCCGAUGUGCAACGCCCUCUACGUCUGGGACUGCUACAAGAAUACCUGCGUCUACCAGUACUUCUACGGCAACAGUGCCAGCACCGCCGGCGUGCUCGCCAACGAGACCUUCACCUUCGGCACCAACGGCACGCGUGUCUCCGUGCCCAAGAUCACCUUCGGCUGCAGGAACCUCAACGCCGGCUCCCUCUACAACGGCUCCGGCAUGGUGGGCUUCGACCGGGGCCCGCUGUCCCUGGUCAGCCAGCUAGGGGUGCCCAGGUUCUCCUACUGCCUCACCUCCUUCAUGUCCACCGUGCCCAGCCGCCUCUACUUCGGCGCCUACGCCACGCUCAACACAACAAACACAAGUGACUCCGACCCGGUGCAGUCCACGCCCUUCAUCGUCAACCCGGCGCUGCCCACCAUGUACUACCUCAACAUGACAGGCAUCAGCGUCGGCGGCGACCUGCUGCCCGUCGACCCGUCCCUGUUCACCAUCAACAACGCCGACGGCACGGGCGGGGUCAUCAUUGACCAACGGUGGUCGCCGCGCACACGGCCCCGACCCUGGCGCCCCACUGCUUGA